UCAACUCCAGUUGUUUGCCUGCAGGUCGUUGCAGGAUUGGGCACGAUACUCCUAGGGUAGGAUAUCGUCCUUUGUCAGUGUUUGUGUGCAGAAGCAAGUGGCUUCGGUGUUUGUCUGUUGUCUGUGUUGUCGGUCUUUUCUCUUUAAUUAUACUUUUUACUCAUCCAGGAAUUAUGGGCCAAGGGAAGAGCACUCCUCUCUCUCUCACUCUGGCACAUUGGAAAGAGGUCCGAGAUCGGGCCCAUGACCUGUCCGUCAUCAUCCGGAAGGGCCCCUGGCAAACGUUUUGUGCCUCUGAGUGGCCCUCCCUCAGUGUGGGGUGGCCCUCAGAUGGAACUUUUAACCUUUCUGUUAUUUCUGCAGUGAAAAAGAAGAUCUUUGCACCGCACCCCCAAGGACACCCGAAUCAAGGUCCCUAUAUCAUUGUCUGGCAAGACCUCGCCCAAAACCCUCCUUCUUGGGUAAAAGUGCCAGUGCUACAACCUCCUCUCGCCCUGGUAGCCCAGACGGCUCCAUCAGAUCCAGUGCGGCGACCUCUACCCCUAACUGAUCCCCAGGCAGAAUCUCUCCUUCUCGAGUCUCCCCCACCCUAUGUCCCCCAGCAGCAGGCGCAGGUGGCCCAGCCAGGGCCGGGGACAGCCCAGCCCACGGCCCCUAUGGUUGCGGGUCCGGCUCAGGGUACUAGGAGUAGGAGAGGUUUAUCUCCAGAUUCCACUGUCACCUGCCCCCUGCGCCCAGUGCCGGUUCCCAACCCUGGGCCGGGAUUAGAGGAUGAUACAGCCCCCAUCCAGCUCCUCCAGUAUUGGCCCUUUUCCACAGCUGAUCUCUAUAAUUGGAAAACUAAUCAUCCUCCUUUCUCUGAGGACCCCCAGCGCCUGACCGGAUUAGUUGAGUCUCUGAUGUUUUCCCACCAACCCACCUGGGACAACUGUCAGCAGUUGCUCCAGACUCUUUUCACUACUGAAGAGAGGGAGCGGAUCAUUUUGGAAGCGCGGAAGAAUGUCCCCGGGCCGGACGGGCGCCCGACCCAACUCCCUCCGUUGAUGGAUGCCGCUUUCCCUUUGACCCGACCUAAUUGGGACUUCAACACGGCAGAAGGUAGGGAGCGACUGACUGUCUACCGCCAGACUCUAGUGGCAGGCCUCAGAGGGGCUGCGAGACGCCCCACCAAUUUGGCUAAGGUUAAAAGCCCUUGAAGUUGUUCACAGGGAGAUCUGGGCACCCCUGGCCGCCCUCUACAAGCCGGGAGAAGUACAGGUGCCCCACCCAUUCCAGGUUGGUGAUCUCGUCUACGUCAGGCGACACCGAGCUGCCAACCUCGAGCCGAGGUGGAAAGGACCACACUUGGUGCUGCUGACGACUCCGACGGCCAUCAAAGUGGACGGCAUCGCGACCUGGAUUCACGCCUCACACGCAAAGCGGGCGCCUCCCGAGGACAACAAUGAUGAAUGGACUGUGGAGACAACUGACAACCCCCUCAAGCUUCGAGUUCGCCAUCAUGUGUCUCAUGAUACACCUGUUGCCGAUAAGUAGUUACAUCCCCCAUAUGCCCCAAAGACUGACCUGAAAAAUAAUCUCCCCCACUACGCGACAAGUAGUAUAGCAGUCCAAUACCACCAUAGCCCCACCGGGUACCUGGUGGCCCUCUCUUUUUCCUAGUGUCUGCUCCUUUGGGCUGACAGACUUUUGUUACAUCAACCCCCAAGAUUUUGCGCUUUAUGGGCUCCCCCACUCACCAGAAGGGCCUCCACUCCUUCUCACCCCUCCCUCCCCAAGACACCUCAAGGCAACCCCUUUCUAUGUUUGUCCCGACAACAGAAUAAGACAGGAGUUGGGGCAUAAGCGAGACUGGCGAAAGGGUGACUGUAAUCGAGCACCAGGUUCUGAAUAUUAUUGUGCCUUCUGGGGAUGUGAAACAACAGGAACCGCCCGCUGAAUACGAAACCCCCCUUCCUGGGAUCUCAUCCAAGUACAAGCAACUACCCUUAGCUCUAUCCUCAACAUCACUUUCACCCCGGGGGGGAGAGCAAUGCCCUGGCCCAGGUGGGCUGCAGGAUAUACCUGGGGGUUAAGACUCUACCAGGCAGGGUAUGAUCCCGGGUUCUCUUUUAAAAUAGAAUUGCAAGUAAAAGCUUAUAACCCCAUGCCCAUUGGGCCAAACCUUGUGUUACCCAACACUGUAUACCUACCUAACCCUGCAAUCCGCCCGCGUGGCCGAGCCAGAAAGGGCAAAAAGAGCAACGCCAGCCGUCGACCUAACCCACGCCGCCCCUCAGGUACCCCGUUGUCGCUCCCCGUCUCCUCCUCCCCCACACCCGCUUUCGUAAACCGGGCCCCCCUAAACUCCAGUACAAGUCACAGGCUGUUGAGACUAGUGCAAGGUGCCUUUAACUCCCUAAAUAACACUGAUCCCACCUUAACUAAAUCUUGUUGGCUCUGCCUAACAGUAGAGCCACCCUAUUAUGAAGGAGUUGCUUUUCUUGGAAACUACACUAACACCAAUAGCCCCAACUCCUGCACCUGGGGAAGCCAGGGAAAACUAACCUUAACCAAAGUUUCAGGCCGAGGCAUCUGUAUAGGAAAUGUUCCUAAUGACCGUCGAGGUCUUUGCCAUGAAAUAAAAGAAGCUCCCUCCUCCUACAGAGAAAAUAGCUACUUAAUUCCUCCAAAGGGCGGUUGGUGAGCUUGUAAUACUGGACUCACCCCCUGCCUAGCGACUCAAGCCUUCAACAAAACAUCAGAAUAUUGUGUUCUUGUCCAGCUAGUUCCCACCAUCAUAUACUACCCAGGUGCCACAUUUGAAAGUGAGUACGACCCUCACCCCUCAUCACUGAGGAAUAAAAGAAAAUUAAUAUCUCUGACCCUAGCCACACUCCUAGGUCUAGGGGUAGCAGCAGGGGUGGGGACAGGGACUGCAGCCCUCAUCAAGGGACCCUCCUAUACUAGAGAGCUUAAAAUGGCCAUAGAUGAAGACUUAAAAAAUAUAGAACAGUCCAUUACCAAACUUGAAGAGUCUUUAACCUCCCUGUCUGAAGUAGUGCUCCAGAACAGGCGAGGACUAGAUCUCCUCUUUCUAAAAGAAGGAG